AGGACGACACAUACUGUUUGUUUGCAACAAUUUUUGGCGUUGAGGAGAAAGCAACAUGACUACUCAGCAGGUGUUUAUCUAAUGGCGCGUAUGCUGCAACAACAGCCGGAGCAGAUGCGGCAACAACAGAAGCAACAACGGCAGCUACAAUAGGAACAGCAUGCGGCUAUACAAGUACUCGCAACCAACAUCGUCGCGCCUGCGGCGCAGCGGUAGCAGCAGCCAAGACCUCAUUUCAGAGUUUUAAGGAAGGUAGGGGAAAAUGGAGUUCAGAUGCAGCGAGAUUACACCAUCUCGUAUACAGUAUGGUAACGGAUGACGCAAGCAGUAACCACUCCUACUGUCUGCCACAGUACCAACGCUACCACUUGCAGUGGCAUCGGCAGCCGCCCUCUCCAGCAACACAUCGACCAAGUCAUACGCUCAAUAGAGACAUGGAGGAAGAGGGACUACGGGAAAGCUGGAAAGUGCUCCAUCAUCAUCAAGGAUGCUCCAACCGAGUGGAGCAGAUGCCAUCCCCGGACUCGCAACACGCGGCGGCACAACAGGCGCCGGAGCCCCAUUCACUGCUCCGGGGAGCAGCCAGCGACGUCGCAAUGGGACAGCCAUCAUGGGAGGAUGGAGGAUGGGCAGUGACGUCGCGAUGGGACCAGAGGAACAGCAGGGCCGGGAGCAGCAAGACGUACAGUCGCAGCUAUAACAACGCCUGCAGUCCCAGCUGCAGAGCUAGCAGCAGCACCCCCCAGAAGCGAAAUCAGAAGUCACCUGGGACCAAUCAAAUGCGACGCAGCAAGCGCAUACAAAAGCGGCGCAGCCCCUACAGCCACCAAUAG